GUGCAGUCUAAAAUCGGUGAAUAAAACAAAUAGCGAUAAAAUAGGAUAAUUCCGAUUAAUAAAUUAAUUCAGAACCUGGAUUAUGAUCGAAAAUCUGUGUGAUCCGCUCCAUAAGGUGGCGAUAAACUCUGAACUAAAAGUCUGAACUAGGGAAGAAGUCGUUCUCCCGGAAGCCAGGGGCUUGUUUAGUGGAUGUAUAUUUUAGUUAUAAAUUAUAACUAAAUUUUCAGAAUAGCUAUUAAAAGUCUCGUUUUUUAUUAAAAUGGCAGGUUUUUCGCAUAACAUAACAGACGAUCUGUUUGACGCAAUUAUAAUGGCAGACGACAGGUUCCACAUAGGUGGUUACCGUGAAGGAUUUGAGGAAGGAUCACAGCAGGGGCUGAUCGAGGGCCGAAACCACGGCCUGCUUCACGGUGCCAAGCUCUCAGCUGAGGUUUCUUUCUAUCACGGCUUCGCGCUCACUUGGAAGUGUCUCCUACGAAACACUGAAGAUGUUAAAACAAGAAAACGACUGAAAGCUGUCGAGUCUUUGGAUGCAAUGAUCCAGAAGUUUCCAUACGACGACCCACAGUAUGAGAGCCUCCAGGAACACAUGGAAAGCGUCCGGGCCAAGUUUAGACAGGAAACAUGCUCCAGUGCUAAAAAAUCUCACCACCUGCUGUACGGCAUAUACAAAGACACGGCAUAUUAAUUAGCUGGAACAUAUGGUAGACAACAAUCCACGUUUCUCAAGCUGGACAUGAAGAGAUUUAUUAGUAAAACGUUUAUAUAAGCAUUUACACAAUAAAAUCAGGAUCAAUAAAAAUCUCAUAAUUUUAGAUUAAUGUUGUUAGGGCUGUUCAUGCUCCCGAGCGUCAAUUUACAUUUAAAAAGACUAACUGAUUGAUUCAAGUUAUACUUCCUGGCCAAGAUUCAGCAAAGCAAUAAGAAUAAAAUGAAUAAAAUUGAUAAAUGUUGCCUAAUUUCCAGAAUUAGGAUGAAGUACAGGUGUGGAAACAGAGACUCGGCGUAAUACAGCACAAAAACUGUUGUAUAUGCCUGUGCUGCUAACAGAACACAUAAUCACUACACAUUUCUUCAUCAAGUAAAAAUAUAGAUGCCAGAUAGCCAGACUCAAAUAAAGUCUUUAUGUGCGACGGGAGAACAUCACGGCACAAAGUGUUCCGAAAUGUUAGCCAAAGACAUUUUUUUCCCCUGUAAACAAGAUCUUUCAUCACCAGAGAAAAUCAUCAGGAUAAUAGAAACAGUCUGUGGCUCACAGGGCUCACAUAGUAAAGUCAUUCCUCACAUUGAUUCAGGUUUUCCAUUUUCCAUACACUUUAUUUAAUUAGCGUAUUAGCUUGUGUUUGUGUGUUUUCUUUUUAUUCCGAUUAAAUUCCGCUUUGACUUUAUGCUUUGGCUCUAGCUGUUCAAUUUAUGAUUUAUCCAAACCUGGAUGGAGUUGGACUAAAUACAAUACAGAAUAUGUGCAUCUGCACAAUUAAAGCAU